AUGUCGCCCGAAGCACUAUCUCAUAUUCCGACUCUGGCACCCAUUCUUCUUCUCACGCUUUCAGUGUUGUUUUUCAUCCUGACAUCGUCUCGAAAGUCUGAACUCCCUUUCAUCAAUGCAAGAAGAACAUUUGAAUUUGGCAAAUCCCGUGCACGGGCGCGAUACAUGAAGGAUGCCGCCACAUUGAUCAAGAAAGGAUUGAACGAGGCUGGAGUCUUUCGCAUCAUCACUGAUAACGGCACAAGAACUAUGCUGGCGCCCAAAUAUGCCAACGACGUCCGUAGCCUCCCAGAACUGAGCUUGACCGAUAACUUAGCAACUGAGCUGCAUGUCAAUCUUCCUGGCUUUGAGCCAUUCAGGGUUACGGCCAAUGAUAACAUUAUUCAAGAUACUGUCCGCGUCAAAAUUACGCAAAAUUUGGCAAAUGCCAUGAUCCCGCUUUCCACCGAGGCUACCUAUGUUCUCCAGACCCAGUGGACAGACGCAACAGAGUGGCACGACAUGCAGCUAAAGCCCGCCAUCCUGAAAAUGGUUGCCCAACUUUCUUCUAGGAUCUUCCUUGGGGAUAAGAUCUGCCGCGACCCUGACUGGCUUGAUAUCACCAUCAACUACACUAUCAACGCAUUCACAGCCGCACAGGAACUCCGCCUACUGCCAGAAUUCCUGCGUCCGUUUGCCGUCAGGUACUUGCCAACGAGUCGAAAGGCCCAGGGACAGCUGAAACAAGCAAGAAAGAUUAUUAAUCCGGUCCUGAAAGAAAGGCGUGCCGCUGAGCGCUCAGGCAAGGGUGUAGAAUAUCAUGAUGCGAUCCAGUGGCUAGAGGAUACUUCUAAGGGACGCCAUUACGACCCAGCAGCGGCGCAGCUUGCCCUCUCUGCGGCGGCCAUUCACACUACGACCGACCUAUUCACUCAGACUCUUCUCGACAUCUGCGGUCGGGAAGAUCUCAUUCGUGACUUGCGCGAGGAAAUCGUCACCGUGGUUCAGGCUGAAGGGUGGAAAAAGACGACACUUUACAAGCUCAAAUUAAUGGAUAGUGUCAUCAAGGAGUGCCAGCGGUUGAAACCCAUGGCUAUCGCUAUCAUGGCACGCGUCGCCCGAGAAGAUGUUGUUCUUCAUGACGGACAGAUAAUCCCUAAAGGCGACAAGAUGCUGGUGUCCUGCGACAGGAUGUGGGAUGAAAACAUAUACCCUGAUCCGCUGAAAUUCGAUCCUUACCGAUUUGCAAAUAUGCGUAAAACGGAUAGCCCAAAGAAUGAAGCUGCCGCUCAACUAGUUUCGCCGUCGCCGGAACAGAUGGGCUUUGGGUUUGGACAGCAUGCUUGCCCAGGACGCUUCUUUGUGGCCAAUGAGAUUAAGAUAGCUUUGUGUCAUAUUCUGUUGAAGUAUGAUUUGCGAUUGGCAGAUGGUUGUGAGCCCAAGGUGCAGAAGUUCGGGAUGAGAUUGGCGGCAGACCCGAUAGCCAAGGUUUCUAUCAGACGCAGGAAGGAGGAAAUUCCUCUAUAG